CGCUUAAUUUCUUCCCCAUACAUCAGUUCAGAGGCUAAAUCGUCAUCGGCUUGGCAAGAUGACCGACCCUAGAUACACCUGGCUACCGUCAAACGCCCAGCCGGAUGAGGCUAAUCCACCCUGGAUGAACAAAGGUGACAACGCAUGGCAGCUAACUGCAGCCACGAUGGUCGGCCUACAGAGUAUACCCGGCCUUGUUAUACUAUACGGUUCCAUAGUUAAAAAGAAAUGGGCCGUAAACUCGGCCUUCAUGGCCCUUUACGCCUUUGCGGCAGUCUUGGUUUGUUGGGUGGGGUGGGGCUACCAGAUGUCGUUCGGGCACAAACUCCUCCCGUUUCUUGGGAGGAUCGAUGAUGCACUAGACCAACACGUGCUCUUGAAACAAGCCUUUGGCUAUAAGUUCCCGAAUGCUACCAUGUUGUAUUUCCAGUUUGUUUUUGCAGCGAUCACUUUGAUAUUGAUUGCUGGUGCUUUGCUUGGGAGGAUGAAUUUUAUUGCAUGGAUGCUGUUUGUGCCACUUUGGCUUACAUUUUCUUACACCAUUGGUGCCUUUAGCAUAUGGUGCCCCGAAGGCUGGUUGGCGAAGAUGGGGCUCAUCGACUACUCGGGCGGCUUCGUCAUUCACCUCUCCUCAGGAGUCGCUGGUUUCACCGCAGCCUAUUGGGUAGGGCCAAGGGCGACGAGGGACCGUGAGAGGUUCCCUCCGAACAACAUCCUGUUGAUGCUUGCAGGGGCGGGGCUACUGUGGAUGGGGUGGACAGGCUUCAACGGCGGAGACCCUUACAUGGCUAGCAUUGAUGCAUCACUAGCUGUGCUUAACACCCAUAUCUGUGCUGCCACAAGUUUGCUCACUUGGCUACUCUUAGACAUUCUUUUCUUUGAAAAGCCUUCUGUGAUUGGUGCCACUCAAGGGAUGAUCACUGGCUUAGUCUGCAUCACUCCUGCCGCAGGAGUGGUUCAAGGGUGGGCAGCCAUCAUAAUGGGGCUACUCUCCGGCAGCAUCCCCUGGUUCACAAUGAUGGUCCUCCACAAGAAAAUACGCAUUCUGAAGCAAGUUGACGACACCAUGGCCGUCUUCCACACCCACGCCGUGGCCGGAACCCUCGGCGGCCUCCUCACCGGCUUUUUUGCCAACCCAAAACUCAGCCGCCUCUUCUACCUCGUCGACACCUGGGAGCACUACAUUGGCUUAGCCUACGGCAUCCACGCUGGCAGAGUUGGCGCCGGGUUCAAGCAGAUGGGGAUUCAGAUUCUGGGAGUUGUGUUCAUCAUAGGGCUGAACGUUUUCGUGACGAGCUUGAUCUGUCUGUUUAUCAGGCUUGUGGUCCCACUGAAGUUGUCGGAGGAAGAGCUCAACGGCGGGGAUGAUGCGGUGCAUGGAGAGGAGGCGUAUGCACUGUGGGGCGACGGCGAGAAGUUCGAGAAAUCUGUGCAUAACUCGGUGUACGGUGUUGAGGAUGUUGAGCUGAAGGGGAAGAGAAAGAGCGAGUCUGCUGUUUGAGGAUGUCGUGUUUUUAAAUUGGAAUUUUGGAGGGUAAGUGAACUUGUGUCGUGUUUAAUCUCUCAAGAUUUGACGUCAACACGAUUCAUUAUAUUAUUCCAUAUUUCAAAAAACUUUGUUUUCUAUUUAUAGGAAUGCUCAAUAAUCUUUGUCGAGAUGCUAAAAUGGCUUUUAUUGGUGGCCUUUUAAAACGGUUGUAAUAAUUUAUCAACUUUAUUAUGGUCGUAACAUCUGGACAAAAUAAUUCCUUCUUUA